AUGUCACAAAUAUCAAAAAAUGCUUCGACUACAACAAAUAAUUCAACAUCCACAUCUGGAUCUGCAGCGGUGUCGUCCGCAACCCUUCCUGAGAGCAACUCUCAGAGCUUCGAUCAACCACACAGAAGAAGGAGAUCUGGCUCAUUAUUUAUUGAGAGGUCUCAUCCGUCUCCAUCGAUGGAAGCGGAAUCAUACAACGUUUAUAUUGACGAUAGCAAAUACGGCGAACUACUAAAAGAGGACACCAAUUCAAGUGGUACGGAUGGUACCCAGGUCUUCGAAGAUGCUAGAGAUGAAAAUUUCCAUGAGGAAUCACAUAAAGUCCUAGAAAAGUCAAUUCUAGAUUUAGUACGACGAGAUCCAGAGGCAGCAGGAUUUCCACCUCCUCCUCCAUGCCCAGUUGGGACGCACAGAAAUUCCUCAAACGGAUCUUCCGCUGAAACGAAUCCAAAUGGACACAGUAGCAGUGGUACCAUAUCUACUUCGGUACUGUUGAACAUGGGUUCCGCCGAAAAGCAUGUUGAGGCACCUAAAGGUGAUUACAUGGAAUCUUCUUCAAUGAAAUCAUUCGAAAAAGUGAAGGUAAGGCCUUCCUCGUCAUAUUACUUACCUCUUGAGGACACUUCACCGCAGCAAGAACGAAGAGAAACGAUUUCCAAAGUCAGAAACCCAAACCAAGUACAGGGUGUAUACCCUUCAUUUUCUUCCAUGCAAUAUGAUGACGGAUUCGCACCUUCGAUUGAAGAGGCUAUUGAGGCGGCAAAAAAUAGAGUCUCGAAUGACGGAUCAAAUGAUCGUUUUACCGAUAAAGUAUUUAUUCCGCAUGAGUUCCAAAUCCCCAAAAAGGCCUGGAAUGGACGCUUGGUGAAUAGGUCUCCCAAACUUAGAACUCCAAGAAACCAUUCUUUGCUAACCGACAUAUUAAAGCCAUCUGAAGCAAUUGACCACGCUAACACAUUAACAUCCAAUAUAUUGCAUGACCCCACUAAAGAGGGUCUCAUAUCUCAAAUUCAAGAUCGAAGGCAAAGGGAAAACAACCAGCCUGUUUUGAAUCCAGUUCACAGUCCCCAAAGCGCUUUCGAUAUUGCAAUGGAUGCCGUGGAUAGUCAAAACAGAUUAUAUGAAAGAGAAUACGUGAACAAUACAGAUAGUCAUUUAGUUCUUGAGGAAAUCGGCCGAGGGAACCACGGUACCAAACAAUACAAAUAUCAAAAAAAUCCUAAAAAAGGUGACGAAGAGGGGAUAUCGACUUUUUAUAUGCACACAAUGCCUAUUCAGAGAAUAGAUUCAUCCUCCGUAUAUUCAUUUGAUUCACAAACACAUGGAUUUUCAGAGAUUUAUAGUAUAUCAAGAAUCAUAACAACAUUGUGCAUUUGUCUUUUGGUUCCGCCUUUGUUCUUCUUCUUUUCAGUCAAUGGUGAUAGUGGCAUUUCGAAUUACAGAUUAAUGAGAAUAAUAAUGAAUUACGAACAUAAAAUUGGCCUCCUCAAAGGGUUUGAAUGGGACAUUGAUGUACGAUGGUUCAGAACCUUAUGCCUUGUUUUAGGAUGCAUAGAGUUGUUAUUUAUAUUUACUGGCAUAGGGGUAGGAUUUGGCGUAGGAAUGACAAGAAAGUGA